CUAGCUUUUGUUUUUGUUCUCCCCUUCUAUCUCCUGAUUUGAAAUUAGCCAAAAUUCGAGGACUAAACUGAAGUUUUUUACUAUUAAGUGAAAAUUGCCUGCUUCACCAGGACGAACCUCGCUUCGCCCCCGCCACCACCCCUCGCCGCGGCCCCAAGGUUUAAUUUCCGGAAACUUCCAAGAUGCUGAACAGCGAUCAGCAAUCCAUGGAAAGAGUUUAUGAUCAUAGAUUCCAGCGCACUGACCAGUGGCUUCCGGUGUAUUCUUGGCUGGAAUCACUGAACACGGAUGAGGUGAUUACAUCCAAAGACGUCGUUGAUUGGUUAACCGCGAACCCUGAAAUCAGAGACCACUUGUACUCCAGGCAUUCACGCUACCAUUUGAUGCACUAUAUCAAGAAAUGCCAUGUGAAAAUCUUGAAGCGAAAGGAAAAACAGGGAUUGAUUGUUGCAAAAUUACCUCCUCCUAAGGUUGAUCAGAGUGUUGAAGUAAAACCCCCUGGCUCACCUCAUUGUAGUGGCAAUAAUUUGACCAGUAUUCCUAAAGAUAGCGAGCUAUACAAAGCAAAACGAAGUGAAGCUUUCCGCAAAUAUGAGCUUUUGGUGGAGUUGGAGAAACAACUUAUGCCGCUCUUCGGUAAACAUGAGAACUCAUAAACCUAUGACAGCCAGAGUUCUGCAAUUCCCGUGUUGCUAAUAUGAACAUCUGCAGUUUAGAUGUUCAAAGUUGAGGAUCUAUGUACAUGAUUAUGCUGUUUUCUGGGCUUGUAGCUUUGUAAUUCUCUGUCCUCACUCUCAUAGAUGGCCUGCAUUAUCAUGUAUGAUCAUUAAUAUAUAACAAAUAUUAGUUGUUUUUCAAGAAUUGGUAUGUACAUGUUCCUCUUGUGAUAAUUCUCGUUUUAAAUC